AUGGUUUUAAGAAAAACAUCUGAUUUCCUACAGAGCACAUUCAAACUCAUUUUCAUUGUAGAGUUCAUAAUUGGAACUUUGGGAAAUGGAUUCAUUGCACCGGUGAACUGUGUGGACUGGGUCAAGAGAAGAAAGAUUUCCUUUGCAGAUCAAAUUCUCACUGCUUUGGCAAUCUCCAGAAUUUCUGUCCUCUGGGUACUACUUGUAGAUGCAUGGCUACCUAUAAUUUAUCUAGAUUUACUGAUGAACAAAAAGAUAUUAAAACUGAUUUAUUUGGCUUGGACUGUGACCAAUCAUUUCAGCAUCUGGCUAACUACCAGCCUAUGCAGUCUCUAUUUUUUCAAGAUAGUCAUUUUUUCUAACUCCCUGUUCUACUACCUCAAGUGGAGAUUUAAAAGGGUGAUUUCAGUGACACUGCUCUUGUCCCUCUUCCUUUUAUUAUUGAACAUUUCACUGGCAAGCAAUGAAAUUGAUGUCUGGGUUGAUGGAUACAAAAGACACAAGCAUUUCAAUUCUAGUUCUGGUUUAUCUGCAGAAUUUUCCAGGCUUGUUUUAGUCCCAAACCUGAUGUUCCAACUUACACCGUUUGGAAUGUCCUUGGCAGAUUUUCCCCUUCUGAUCUUCUCACUGUGGAAACAUCUGAAGAACAUGAAGCACAAUGCUAAUAGAUACAGAGACUUCAGCACCAUCACCCACAUCAACGCCUUGCAAACUGUCAUCACCUUCCUCCUGCUUUAUAUAGGAUUCAUUCUGUCACUAAGUAUCAAGCUUGUACUUGAAAUUGAGAAAACUCUGAUGAUUUUGCUUUCAAGGGUUACUUUAGCAACAUUUCCCUCUUGCCACUCAUGUGUCUUGAUUCUGGGAAGCAGUAAGCUGAGACAGACAUUGAUUUCAGUGCUGCAGAGGCUGAAGUGCAGGUCCAAUGAACCAGAGUCCUCAGGGUCAUAG